GAGGAGUGGAUGCUGUUGGCUCGCGCGGAUCCGUGCCCUCCAUCCCGUGGCAAUCAAACCGCAGAGACUGACAGGGAAUACCGGACAAGGGUUGCAUGAAAUGGGAAGAUAUUUCUACUAUGGAAGCAACCGGAAAGGAAGGCUGAUGUAGAUGCAGAGCCAGAGGAGAGCCCAGGGAGCAGCAGCAGCAGCAGCAGUGGGGCAGUAGAUGCCCUCUCCCCAGCCUCAGCCCCAGCCCCCCCUCAAGGCCCUGCAAGACAGCGAGGAAAGAGUGGAGACAGCUCCUGCUCUGACUCAGAAGGCACCGUAGACUCCAGCCAGGAGGAGGAGGAGGACGAGGAGGACGAGGAAGACCCCGCCAUGUUCUCUAACUUCUUGAGCGGGGCUAACCCCCUCAGUGCUGUGUCUUCCACUGUCAACAAGUUUGGCCUGUUUGGGGAUGAUGGGGAUCAAAAACAGAAAGCGCCCCCACAGCAGGCUGGCAAGCCUCCAGGGGGGCAGCAGCAGGUAUCUGGCCCUGGGAAAAACCCUAAACAGCCUCAUGAACCUCAGAAACAGGGCCAGGGACCUCCAAAGCAGGGAGGGCACCAGUUGCAGGGUAAUGGACAGGCUGGUUCGCCAGGUAACAAAGCCAGUGGACAGCCAGCUCCUUCUAAGGUUGGGACACAGUCUGCCAAACCCGUUGAAGUAGGACUGCAGCAAACUCCUCCCAAAACUGGAGUGACUCAACAGGGCUCACCCAAAGUUGGAGCUCAACAACCUCCCCCAAAAGGUGGGCCACAAUCACAAACAGCUAAGGGACAACAGCAAGCGGCCCCUAAGACAGGACCCCAACAACAAGGGUCCCCUAAGGUUGGUGCCCAGUCGCAAGGGUCCCCUAAGGUUGGUGCCCAGUCGCAAGGGUCCCCUAAGGCUGGACCACAACAACCAGAUUCUCCCAGGACUACACCACCCCAACAGGCUUCUGGCAAAUCAGGGCCUCUGCCACAAAGUCCAAAAGGGCCUGUUACUCGCCCAGCUGGCCAGGCCCAGACAAGAACUCCAUCACAGGGAGUCACUAGAACCGGACCUCAAAAAUCAGGUUCUACUGGGGAAAGAACCCUCUGUCCAGUGUGUAACACCACAGAACUCAAUAUCAACACCAAGGAGCCACCGAACCAUAAUACCUGCACACAGUGUAAGACAGAGGUUUGCAGUUUGUGUGGCUUCAGUCCUCCAGACUCUGGCGUAAGUAGAUCUGCAGUGCAAAUAAACAGUGGAAAUGUGUCAUGUGAACCUUAUUUAUUCAUAGAAGCAGUGUAAUUAGUCAGUGUAACGAUUAUGACCUUCUUACCAGUCUGUUUGAAUACAGUAAUCUU